CGACAUGACAUAAUACAAUAUACUUAAUAGUAAUAAUUGAUGCCUGUAAUAAUAAAAAAAAUAUAUAUAAUGUUAGUAACUGUUGCGUACUUUAUAUCAACGUCAAAAGUUAUUCCAUUUUAAUAUUUAAUACUAAGUAAGAAUAAAACUGGAAAAUACAACAAAUACUUAAAAUUCAGCAGUGUGUUUUUUCGUCUAGAAGUUAUAAUGUUCCAUUUUUCUAUAAAAUAAUUAUUACAUUUUAAUUAAAAUAAAAAUGAAAUGUCACGUACCUGGUCCGAAUGUUAAAGUUUUAGCAAGAACUGUUCAUGCUUUAGCAAGAUUUGGUGAUGAAUUGUAUUUGGAAUCCCUCCCAGAUUGUAUACUAUUGAGAACACUCAAUGCCUCCGAAAGCGCCUAUGCAAUGGUUAAAUUAAACAAAAAUUUCUUUUCGCAUUUUAAUUAUAAUUAUUAUUCUAUAGAAAAUGAUGGAUUAAAAUGUAAAAUUUCCAUGAAAUCUGCAUUAAAUGCUUUUAAAUCCCCUGCACAUAUGGACAAACAGGUUGAGAAUCUUGAGAUUAAACUUGAUCCUCACUCUUCAAAAUUAAUAUUUCAACUCAAAUGUAAGCAUGGUAUUGUUAAGACCCAUUAUGUGUCAAUAUUGGAUUGCAAAGCCAUGCAAGCAAUUUACACAAAAGAUUUAGUGCCUAACAGAAUAACAUCAUCUCAAAGGCUGUUCUCAGAAGCUAUAGGAAAUUUUCAAUGUUCAGAUGAUCAAGUAACGCUAGAGGUGACAAGUGAAUCACUUAUAAUUAAAAAUUUUGGCGAUACCCCUACAGACCUUUCAAGGAUUAUUAGAAGUCAAGUCACAAUUAAACCGUUUGAGUUCAGCAGUUAUACUAUUGGGACGGACACCAAUAUUACAUUUACAAUGAAAGAAUUCAGAGCAUUGUUAGGCUUUGCUGAAGGCUUAAAUCUGCCCGUGCAACUACAUUUUGAGAUUACCGGUAAACCUGCAGUAUUUAUAGUACAUAAUGGUACUACUAUUGAGGCACAUUUUGUAUUAGCUACCUCAAAACCUGAUAUAGCAACUCAAUAUACAUCUCAACAAACAACAAAUUCAGAAAGAAAAAGGAAAGAUGACUCAAAUGAUAACAAUAUCUCAGCUAAAAAGGCACAUCUAGAAGAAGAUCUAUUGAAUCAGUUCCAAGAAGAUUCAAAUUUGUUUAAUUAUAUACCAAAUAAUAUAUCACAGAAUGUGAUUGAAAAUAUAAAUAAUUUAGAAAAGGCAGAUUCCAUAGAUACAAACCGUGAUAACAUUCCAGCAUCGCCGACAUCCAAAAUGAAAAUAGCAUCAGUAUUUAAAAGGUGCUUUGAGAGCACUUUUGACCCUAGGAUAAUUCAUGGUGUAGUGUUAGCUGAGAACUCUGAUAGUGACUAAUGAGAUUUAAAGUGUCUGCUGUGUUAUGUUAAUAUUUAAGGGAUAAAUAAAAUAUCUCUUCAUGGC